UUCUCUCACUCUCUUCUUCAAGCAACGAACCAUUUUGCAACACACAUGCGUAUUACAUAGCCCUAAUAUAUAUAUAUAUAUAUAUAUAUAUAUGCACACACAACACAUAUACAUAUAGAGAGAGAAAGUGUCGUUGCAGAAUCGGCGAGAGAGGAGAUGGUUUCCGAAGGUGGAGUCAGAUCUAGGGCAAUUUUAACUGGGGUUUUCUUUGUAGAAUAAAGUAGAAAUCUUAAAAAAUGGCGACCGACACUGAUCAUCAUCAUCAUCACACUUAUUGCAACAACUGGUCACGUUCUGACUGCCUACCUUCAGACCCCCAACACCCUCAGGAAGUAUCCAUAUCUGAACUUAUUGAUCAUGGUUCAAUAUCUUUCGGAAGAUUUGCUGCGGAGUCACUUGCAUGGGAGAAAUGGUCAGUUUUUUCUCACAACAGGUAUCAGGAGGAAGUGGAGAAGUUCAAGGCCCCUGGUCUAGUUGCUCAGAAGAAGGCAUACUUUGAAGAAUAUUACAAAAAAAUCAGAGCCAUGAAGAAAAUGCAGGCAGAGCAACAAGAAACCAGCCACGAAUCAGAUCCUUGUCAAGAAGAACAAAGCACAAUUACAGAAGCAGAAAGCAGUGUCAGCAACAUUACCAAGGCAAAAGAGGAAAGGAAACCCAAUAAUGCUAGUCAAUUUAUAAUUCUGGAAACUGCCACUGUUACUGAUAAGGAGCCAUUUGGAGAAACUUCAGGUAAUAAUUUGUCUGUUACUGAGCAAGAGAGUAAUACCCGUGAUGGAAGUGUUAGCAAUGGGGAUGAAAUCUCCUCAUCCACCAUCAAACCAGAGCAUUUUGCUAACAAAAGUGUGCCAAAGGCAAAACCUACUCCAUCAGUUAAAAGGUUUUCAGGAACUACACGGCAAGAAAAUCUUUUCUCCAGCACACUUGGUGUGUACAAAUCAAUGGAUCAUGCACCUCUUAUGAAAGAUAAGACUGCUGCUUCAGCUAGAAAAGAAACAAAGGUGGAGUGCAGAACUAUGAAAAAUGCUGUUAAGCCAGCUGAGAAACCCAAUUCAUCUCUUGAUAGGGAUAUUACUAGCAAGAAAAAUGGUCUUGUUUCAAGCAAAAAAACUACAUCUAAGGUAGCAAGCAACAAGUCCACCACUGAUUCUUCAUAUAGAUCAAGUACUGAGGUACGGUCCAGUGUCACUAUUAUGAGAGAUUCUGUUUUAAAGGAUAAGCCAGCAUCUUCUUCUGCUAGUAUCAGAGGUGGUGUAGCAAAGGCAAAUAUGAAUUUCAAAGGCCUGGGAAACAAGAGCACUUCAAAGGAGAUCACUGUCACUGGUGCUGCAAGAAAAAUGGAUUUAGAGAAAAGGACCCGUGCUGGGGUUGCUGGGAAGUCUCUGGAGUUGAGCAGCUGUCAUGUGAUACCAAAGCGAGGACAAUCCGAGAAGCAGAAACUAAAAGCCAUGUCUGUGCCUGUUCAGAAUAAAUCAAGUCAAAAUUUUGGGAACGAAUUUGGGAGUAACAAAGUCAGAGGAAGACAUAAUGAGGUAAUUAAUGCUGGUAGUGGAAGAGUUCCAAAGCCUGCCUCAUAUUUGGCAUCAGGCACUAUCAAAGCUCCGAAUCAGAAACUGGAGCAUAAGGUUGGACCAUGGCAUUCUGUAGAUCUAACACACGCUCGAAGGGAACCCGGGCACAAGAUGCCAAGCUGGCGAUGAGAGUAAAAUCUGAUUAGAGUUCGGUGCUACUGUAACUGGUAAAGAGACUCUGCUGAAGGCCCUCUUAUGGCUUGCAAAAUGCAGCAAACCGGUGGUCCAAAAGGUAUAGCGGAUGCAAGAAAGCCGACUGGAAACGUCAUCAGAGUAGCUUGAGAAUCGAAGUAGAGAUACGUUACAAUUACCUUUACAAACAACAAUUGAUUUAUGAUGCUGAAGCUUAUACAGAAUAAAUUUGUAUAUGCUGCUUUGCUCGGUCGACAGCAAAUGAUGAACCAAGCAAAGGAACAAGGUCAGCUGUUAACGAAAGAAUUUAGUUCGGCACCAUCUUCCUCCAUAUCAGUCUCUCCAACUUUAUGUAUUUAACACAGUCCGUGUGAUUGGUGACCAUAAAACUGGUGCCACAUUAAUAACUGGUGCCACAGCAAUAUGUAAAUGUAGAUCGCUUGUCGUCCGAUUAUGAUUUCAUUUUAACCUAGCUCAUUUUUUUCUUCUUACAAAUUGAUUGGGAGAAAAUGAAAGAACAGUAUUACUUGGCCCAAUGAUAAAAGGUAUGUACUUUUUAACAGCACUUUAGAAGGUUGUAACUCUGAUUUAUGGAGCUGUAUUAACAUAAUAUAGUGACUUUAGAAGCUGCAUAUGGCAUUUGGAACGUCUUAUUGCAGUCUGUUGUUUGUAUGAA